GCGGAGACGCGUGCGGCCGGGGAGGUGGAGGCCGCCGAUGCCCCGCGACCUGGGACCCCAGCCGGCCUCAGCUCCCGCGCGGGCCCGCCCUCGGUAAUUACAGAGAUUAGGAAGUGGCUACGUCAACUCUCUUCCAGAGGAUAAACAUCACAAAGCAUUGACUGGGGGCAGCUCGCCAAGAAGAGCCAGGUUGCGGCAGGGAAUACAAUUCCAGUACCCACAAGAGACGUGACGACUCGCGUGCCGGCGAGCACAGGCUGCUCCUCGGGCUUCUUGUAGGUUCUGUCCUGUGAUGGGGAAGCUGCAGAGCAAACUCAAGUACAGCACGUACAGAUACAGCAGGCCUGAUGGAAUUAUAGAGGAGAGGGUCCCAGCUAAGACUCUCCAAGAGUACAGCCCCGCUCACGUGGAUUCUGUCUCUGUGGUGGCUGCUCUGAGCUCAGACCUCUGUGUCUCUGGAGGAAAAGACCAGACCGUCGUGGCCUAUAACUGGAAAACUGGAAACGUGGUGAAGAAGUUCAAAGGACACGAACGCGAGAUCACCAAGAUCGCCCUGGGCUACCGCUCGGACCGGUUCUUCAGCGCCUCUCGGGACAGGAGGGUCCUGAUGUGGGACCUGCACGGCCCGGCGCAGCCCCUGCAGCAGCUGUCGGGCCACGCCAUGGUGGUCACCGGCCUGGCCGUGAGUCCAGACUCCUCGCGGCUGUGCUCGGGCUCCCGGGACAACACGCUGCUGCUCUGGGACGUGGGGCGCGGCCACUGCGUGCAGAGCGCAUCCGUCUCCCGGAACCUGGUCACUCACCUGUGCUGGGUCCCCCGGGAGCCAUACAUCCUGCAGACCUCGGAAGACAAAACCCUCAGACUAUGGGACAGUCGGGGGCUGCAGGUGGCUCACGUCUUUCCCGCCAAGCAGCAUAUCCAGACGUACUGUGAGGUCAGCGAGGACGGGCACAGGUGCAUCUCCUGCAGCAGUGGCUUUGAGGGAGAAGGCUGUGAGGCCACGUUAUGGGACCUACGACAGACGAGGAACCGAGUAUGCGAGUACCGGGGCCAUUUCCAGACUGUCGCAUCCUGCGUCUUUCUGCCAAGAGCACUGGCCUCGGUGCCCACGGUCGCUACCUCAUCGCAUGACUGCAAGGUGAAGAUUUGGAACCAAGACACGGGAGCCUGCCUUUCCACCCUGUCUCUGGACGGCUCCGGACCUCUGACUUCCCUGGCCGUUGGCGACACCAGCUCCUUGCUGUGCGCAAGUUUCAACCGAGGAAUUCACUUACUCCGAGUGGACCGAAGCCGAGGGCUGGAACUGCGGCAAGUGGCAGCCUUCUGAGGCCAGGAGGCAGUCUCCGGACAAUAGACACCCGUGGCCCUCCUUGCUCAGCCUGGCUGUGUCUUUCCACGUCCCCCGCAGGAAACCCUGUGGUGCUCGCAUUCUUCGUUAGAUUCGCUUAGGAGGUUUAUCCGUCCCUGGUUCCACGUCAGGCGCAAGGUCAGAACCAGGAACCAUGCACAAAUUCCGUGGAAGUUAAACCCAAGCGCAGGUUCCAGUGAGCGUGGGCUCCAAAUGCUGGCCUCGGUGUGGGGGUCUUAGAACCCUGACUGCGAGAGGCAGAGCACGAGGUCUGCGGCCACUGAACUUGCCCAUCUCUCUGCAGAAGACAAAAGCACAGACAUUGCAGAGCCGCUUCCUCACAGGAGGAGAGCAGGUGCUGGGAAAAGGGCAGGUGGGGAAGUCACCCCUGGGAGUGACCACGCAGACAGGGAGUCUGCACGCCCCACAGUUGGUGGCCUGCAGGGAGAGGCAGCCACGUCCUCGCAUGAAGAACCCAGGGAUCCACGGAGCUCUGGGAUGCUGCCGCAAAGACAGGAUAAAGGCAGGCCCAGGGCACCAGGCUGGGUGGCUGGAGACACACAGUAGCAUGUGGCUGGCACUUGCCUCACCCACCCGCCGGUUCCCCUCCGGUCACCACGGCCCUGCAGGGCGAAGAAUCAGAGUCAGGGCAAGAAACCAGGUUCGGGGGCCAGAGCGAUAGUUCAGCGGGGAGGGCGUUUGCCCUGCAUGCGGCUGGCCAGGGUUCAAUCUCCAUCAUCCCCUCUGUUCCCCGGAGCGUCCCCAGAGUAAUUAGAGUGCAGAGCCAGGAGGAAGUUUCUCUUCUGGAAACGUUCGUUUCCCUGGACACUGCCUGUGGGUUUGCUCUGCGCGUCCGCCCCUGGGUGGUCUGCAGAGGGCGCAGCGGAAUAACUGCAGUGUUGCCAGAUGUGGAAUGGCCCUCUGUGCCCCCUCAGGCUCCCGGCCCCUGAACACGUCUCCAGGCCGCUGAGGAGCACCUGUUCACUUACAGAGCACCCCCAGACCACGUGACUUUGGGGAAUCCCCCUCUCGAGUCACAGGGAGACGUUUCCCAAAGCCUGAUUGUUUUUCCCCCUACGUAAGCACACAGACCCCCUGGACUCUGGCCAAUUUCCUAUUUAGAGGUUGAUUUUGUAUUUAAAUGUGAUUUUGUUUUGCUUGGGCCACGCCCAUCAGUGCUCAGGAGCUCCUCUCGGCUCUGUGCUCAGGAGUCUCUGCAGGCGGUGCCCCGGGAACCCUCCAGUCAGGGUUUGACCCAAGCCUCCCGCUCCAGGACUCUCUCUCGGGCCCCCAUAUUGGAAUUGUAAAGAAAUUCACACAUUUACUUAAGUGAAGACUGCUAUGCGUUUGUCCUGGGAUGGCCCCAGGACCCUCCUCAGAGACUGUGACUGUGUCGGUCCCUUUUGUUGAAGAGCCUCGUGUUUGCCUCAGGCCUGCGUCCGUCCUGCACCGGUCCUUCCGUCCCUCUCGCAGCCACUGUGGGUAAGCACGUGUGCGGGGUUAUCGCUCCAGCGUCAGUGACCUCACCUUCCCACGGGAGGCACGUGCUCUCCCACCCGCCCUCCCCCGUGUCCCUGUCUUCCUGCCUCCUGUCUGCUACAGGGGCCGAGGAGAUGGCCCCAGGGCUGGAGCCCAGCACCUCACAGUUCCCCCAAACGCUUCAGGGAACGGUCCCUGAGCUGUCUUCCUACCCUCCAAUAAGUAAAUAUGAUUGUGUGUGUGUGUGUGUGUGUGUGUGUGUGUGUGUGUGUGUGUGUGUGUGUGAUACGCUUUAGACUCAGGAGACAGUACAGGGAUUUAGGGCUCGCCUGAUUCAUGGUCGAUGCCCGUUCGAUCCGGUACUCAUUGUGGUCUGAGCUCUGCCAGGAGUAAACCCUGAACAAUGCCAGGUGUGGCCCAGAUCUCCCCCUCAAAAAAAAAAAGAAAAAAUAUAUAUAUGCUUUGAGUCAUAGGAGAUUAUUUAACCUGUGUGAAUAAUUGUUACACUGUGUGUCGCUUUCUAAGCCGAACGGAGUGUGCGUUUUGGGUCUGCUGUAACAGGCCUUCCUAGCACUGACAGGAACAGUUCCAACCCACCAUUGGCUGAGUUCCUGCACGUGGGGCCCAUGGGGAUGGAGAACCCGGAUUAUUUAAGGAAUGUAAGUGAUCAUUAGCAAUGACCUUCAUUUUGAUACAGGUUUUUUUUUUUUUAUGGGGGGAGCUCUUUGGGGGCUCAGACCUGGUGGUGCUUUCAGGGCCUACGCCUGGCUCUGUACUUCGGGGUCACUCCUGGUGGUACUCUGGGGCCAUACGUGGUGCUGGGAAAUGGAGCCAGAUUCGCCACAUGCAAGGCAAGUGCCUUCAGCCUCUGAUUUUGACACAGGAAUUUUUUUUUAAAAUUUUAUUGAAUCACCGUGAGAUAGUUACAAGCUCUCAUGUUUGAAUUUUUUAUUUUUUAUGCUUUUUGGGUCACACCCGGCGAUGCUCAGGGGUUACUCCUGGCUCUGCACUCAGGAAUUACUCCUGGCAGUGCUCAGGGGGACCAUAUGGGAUGCUGGGAAUCGAACCCGGUUCGGCCGCAUGCAAGGCAAACGCCCUCCCCGCUGUGCUACCGCUCCAGCCCCCUCUCAUGUUUGAGUUACAAUCACACAACGAUCAAACACCCAUCCCUCCACCAGUGCACCUUCCCCACCACUGAUAUCCCGGGUAUAACCCCCCUUUCCCGCCCUCCCCCUGCCUCCAUGGCAGACAAUAUUCCCCAUACUCUCUCUCUAAUUUUGGGCAUUAUGACUUGCAACACAGACACUGAGAGGUCAUCAUGUUUGGUCCAUUAUCUACUUUCAGCAUGCAUCUCCCAUCCCAACUGGUUCCUCCAGCCAUCAUUUUCUUAGUGAUCCCUUCUCUAUUCCAUCUGCCUUCUCCCCUCCGCCCAUGAAGCAGGCUUCCAGCUAUGGGGCAGUCCCCCUGACCCUUGUCUCUACUGUCCUUGGGUUUGACAUGGGAAUUACAAAUGUUGUAUUCGCA